AUCAGAAUCACUGAUGUCACGGAGAUGCUGCAGAUCUUUACUGCAGAAGUCCACUGCUGAAGACAUGAAGGAUGAAGGAUGUGUUCAAUCUGACAGAAAAAUGAUCAUCACAAAACUCUUCCGAGGCUUCGGCUGUGUGAGGAGAAAGCAGAAGCACUGGGGUCUUCCUCUGACCGGACGCUUAGUCAACACUGCUACAGGAAGUGAACAUUGUAAAGUCAUUGUUAAAAGGAAGAAUCUCAGAGACUUUUGACGGUUGCUUGGUUGUUAAAGCAGGUGUCAAAGGACGUUUCUAUGCAGGGAACAUCUUCCAGGCUCGCGGACAGUUAGUGCUGAAUGGAUGUGAACGAUGUUUUGUAUAUCCAUCAGUCCAAAACGACAUGGUGUGUGUGACCUCAGGGAUCCUGCCACACGUCCAGAACUGUAAAGGCCUGGUGAGGAACAUGUCUAAGCGUGAAGAUCUUACACCUCAACCUGAAAACAGAGCUGAUGAGAAGAAGGUGGAAUUUCAUGGUCCUCUGAUGAGUGGGAAGAUGCAGAAGGACGAGCUGCUCAGGUUUAUUCAGUGGAAAUGUCAGGAGAGUUUCUGUCAUCUGAACGAUUCUGAUCAACAGAUAUUUUAUUUCUUCUGGCUGAUUAUGGAGCUCUUCCUCAAACCAACUGAGACGAGAGUAAUGACGGCUGAAAUCGCCGCAGUUCUCUUCAAGGGCUGCAGCUCUGUGAGGAGAAAGCUCGGAUGUGUUCAUCUGGUCUGGUGUAUUUCUCUGACCAAACUUUUGUGCUCUUCUGCUAAAGAAGAUGAAAAGCGAAAAGCCGUUGUUAAACUGGGAGAUGAAUUUGUUUCCAGAGGAUGGACGUAUGCAGGGCAAAUCUGUUAUGUGGUGGCACAAAUGGAGCUGGGAUCACGCAAAUCAUUUGAACUGAUUGGUUGUGAGGAGAAUAAAAAUCGUCCAGUCCCCAAAGACGUGUUGGAGAGAACUGAGGUGUAUGAGUACGUGUUGUCUCAGACCUCAGGGUUCGGACAGCCACACUUCCAGCUGUUCAAGUACACUUACGCCUUUACACUAGCCAAGGCUGGAGUUUCUGAUCAAGCACUUGACUACUGUGAAGGAACGGCUCGAAGCAUCAUCACCAUGCCUCGGUACGUCGACAGCUUCCUCACUGAAAGGAUUAUAAAGCUCUCUAAUGAACUGCUUCAAGAGGAGGCAGAAAAAAGCGAGUGGCUGCUAAAACUUUGCCGUCUGCUCAGAGUUGUGUGUACACCAUCUUCUGAAGGUUCUGGUGACCAGGAGCUGCCCAGAUCAGUUGAGGAGUUCCAGGAGGAGUUAGAUUCACGCUACACUGUAGGAGAGCUGUUGGGUAAAGGAGCAUUCGGUGCCGUCUACGCUGGCGUAUGUAAAGCAGAUGGGAGAUCAGUUGCUUUGAAAUACGUGACCAAAACUAUCAAAGAAUCAUUUCCUGGGACAAAGCCUCGGGAGGUGGAGUUACUGGAGAUGGUGUCCAAGCCUCCCCGCUGUGAGUAUGUGGUGGAGCUGCUGGAGUGGCUCGACGUGUCCACUUCUUUUAUCUUGGUUCUGGAGAGACCGAGUCCCUGCAUUGACCUCCGAGGAUUCCUUCAAAUGAACAAGAAUAAUCUUCUCUCUGAACACGAGGUUCGAGAGAUCAUGUGGCAGGUGCUUCUGGCUGCUAGUCACUGCACCGACCGCAACGUUUUUCACGGAGACCUCCAGUCCAAGAACUUUCUGUUGAAUACAGACACGAUGAAGGUGAAGCUGAUAGACUUCGGAUGUGGGUAUUUGGUGUCAGAUUUCUACACGAGCAGUACAGGACAUAUUACUAGCCUCUGGAGUCUGGGUUUGCUCAUGGUGGAGUUGAUCUGUGGAACCAUUAACUUUGACUCUACAGAUCAGAUGAUUAACACGUGUUCACAGUUUGUUUCUGCAGAGUGCGUCAAACUGUUAACAAUGUCCCUGAAAAAAAACACAAACGCUCCAACUUAUAAAGAAAUCAUGAGGCACAGCUGGUUUAAAAAGAGACACAGUCCAGUUUCUCAGGCUCCGCCUUCAUAACAAACAAAAUCCAGAAAAAAACAACAUAAAAACAAAAUAAUGUUGGAUCACGACCCAAUAAUAACUAUGGACCAUCAA